AUGGCUGCGACCAAAGGACCAACAGGAAACAAGGCCGGCGAACCCGCUUUUCAGCUCAAGGUUUUUUUCUUGUUUGAAAGUUAUAGCGACUAGAAUGAUUCCUCAUCCACCUUAGACACCAAUAAAAAAUUUUCAGGUUGAGCCGUUUGACAAGUUUGUGUUCAAGUACAAGCUGAACGAGGAUGCGAACAUCGACGUGAAGAUAACCAACACGCUCAAGGAGCGCCAAUGCUAUAAAGUCAUAUUUUCGUGUUGCUAAACAGCUUGGUUUCAAACUGUUUUCAGGUGAAAUGCACCGACAAUGAGAUAUUCCGAGUGCGACCACCUCUCGCUUUCCUCAAGGUCUAGGCUUUAUUGACUUCUCUUGAGACGUCAAGCUUUCGGACAAACUCUUGUUUAGAUCGAAAGUGAGAGAAAAAUUUUUUUCUCAGGACUUAGAUGUAGAUCUUAUAUAGCUAUGCAGCUAAAACAGGGUUUGAGACUCAAAUUUAAAUAAAAAUUCUAGGUUUUUCAAAUCAAAUAUGCAAGCUGAGCAAUAAGUUUCGAAAUAUGUGACAAGCAGAAAAAAGACGAGUUUACGGUACCCUUGGAUCCUUGCAGCCAGGUGAAUCGACAGUCGUGAGAGUCACGGCCAGGCUGAAAAGCCAGCCCGAGUCGAGCAAGCAUUUUUUCGCCAUUUACCACACCAAGUGCAGCGAUAUGAACAAGACGCCGCGACAGGUAACAUGAGCAACACCGUAUCGUGACAUCGAUUCAUACAGGCCUGGACGGCCGAAACGAAGCCGGACGGUGUUAUGAGGGCACCUGUCCUCUUUGAAGACGCUGGUGCUGUUGGAGAAGAAAAGAAAGAUGAGAAGAAAGACGAGAAGAAAGACGAGAAGAAGGAGGAGAAGAAGGAAGAGAAAAAGGAGGAGAAGAAAGACGAGGAGAAAAAAGAUGAAGUGAAGAAGGAAGAGAAGAAAGAAGAGGAGAAGAAUGAUGAAGUCAAGAAGGUCUCUCUUUUUUGGAAGUUCUUUAUUAUGACCAAGUUUCAGGAAGAAAAAAAGGAAUGA